UGUCUCCACCUUCCUGUUUUCUUCAGUACCAAAAAACAUACUUUGUCACUCAAAAAAAAAAAAACAAAAAAACAUUAUAAUGGAGCUUGAAGGAGCUGCUUUCUUUGAUGAAGAAUGGGAUUCUCUGACCAAGAUGUUCUCUACUGAAAACAUUGAUUUUCUGGUUCAGCUCCAAGAUGAUAACUUUUUCUUGAAUGAUCAUGAAAAUGAAGCUCCAUUGUCGUUCUGGCAAGCUGUUGAAGCUAACAAGCUGAUCAAUGUAACAGAGGGUUUUUUCUCUGCUAACUGUUCUGAUGCUCCGAUGAUCAUCAACACUAAUAAUUUGCAGUAUUUUUCUCAAGAAAGUGGCAAUGGUGAUUUCCUUAUUGAUCCCAAUUCUGAGAACAAUCAGAAAAAUGCAGAUAAUUGUAACCUAGAUCCUGUUUCUGAACCUGGAGAAGUUAUCAGCUUGAAGAGGAAGUUGGAGACAGUAGAAGAACAGCAAACAUUUAAGAAUGAUUCAGCUCAAGAUCCCAGGAAAAAGCCUCAGGCUUCAAGAGAGGUAAGUACUUCAGUCUUCAGAUUUCAGACAUUCUGCAACAACAAUUUUCUGUCAGGUUUCUUAAGGGUGAUAUUUACUGGUUGCAGACACAGAAGAACAAGAGGAAGGCAGUGUCAAAGCCGAAGAGAAACCAGAAGAUUAGUCACAACAGCAAUGAAGGAGGAGAGGAGAUCAAUGGUGGGCAGAAUACACAGAGCUCAAGCUGUAGCAGCAUUGAUGAUGAAUCUAAAGCUUCUCAGGAUGUUGUUGGCUGAUGAUAUCUUGCAGAGAAGAAGGGAAAAAAUAAAUGAAAGAUUGAGAAUAUUGCAGAACCUUGUACCCAAUGGAACAAAGGUUGACAUUAGUACUAUGCUUGAGGAGGCUGUUCACUAUGUCAAAUUCCUACAGCUUCAAAUUAAGUUAUUAAGCUCAGAUGAUAUGUGGAUGUAUGCACCAAUUGCCUACAAUGGAAUGGACAUUGGCCACUAUCAGAAGAUGCUGCAGCCUACCUUGUGACCCUGCAAAUUAUGUAUUCAGCUAUUGAAAUUUUGUAUUAUUUAAUUAACUUUCUUUCUGUAACAACCCAUACCAAGAUUUUUUUUAAUUAAAUAUUAUUGAUACAUUAUUACA